AUGUUGUCCAAAGCCAGACAAUGGAAGUGCUCUCUACGGCCGUCAGCUCGAUUGCCAGAAGAGAAUCUUCCAGUUACGUUGCUUCCUAUUCCAUCGUGUGAGACCGCGACCGAGCCUUCCUCGUUUGAAAAUCUGAAAUCACUUGAUGGCAUUUGCUUGAAGGGGCUUGGGAAGCAGGAUGACCUCCAGUCUUUGAUUACUGGCUACUCGCGUUGGAUCAUGGAAGUGACUGCGCAAAACCGUGUCGCAUUCCUAGUAACUGAACGAAGCGAUGAUCUAGCUCUCAGAUGUGCAGUUGUAUCUUCGCACCGGCUCUCGAAAGAUGAGAUGUUAGAGUGGGAGAUAUAUGAAAUUUCGUUGGAAAGCCUCACUGGGGAGUUGGAGACCUUGGAAUUUGCAUUAUGCCUGAGAUACGAAGCCGGAAUCGAAGAAUCCCUCAGAAUUCCGAUCCGAGUGGCGUUGUGUAUAGAUCUGCAAUCAUCGACAGCAAUUUUCGCGCAUCGAGUCGAGUUGAUAAAUGAUGGUUAUCUCUCGGAUAUUGCAAAACGACUUGGGAAAACUUUAGAAAAUGAAGAGGGCCAGCAUGAGAAAAUAGCUUUUUGGGAAAGAGAGUUAAAGGAGUUUGUCGGCCUCGGUGAUAUUCACUUCCCAACACUCUCCUGCACGCGGUCGUUGCAGCCCCCAGAUAGCCCCACUUGCAUCCAAACAAGCCUCACUUUGCAAAUAUCAUGGGAGAAACUGGACGAUCUCGCCCAGCAGCUGGGUCUCAAAUCUGGCGUCUCUGUGGUCCGUGGAGCAUUUGCAUAUACCCUGGCCGAAUAUACGGAGACGGACAAGAUCAUUUUGGGCGAUCAAGACCGGGCAGAUCUGACCCAAGACAUUCCAGUCAACCUGGUUCUAGUCACUGUUUUGCCACAAGAUACCUCUGAGGAGUUCUUAUGUCGACUUGACAAAUUCAUGCGAAGCGCGUCUGCUAUACCAAGUCCUACUGCGCAGAACGUUCGAGAAAUUCUCAAAAUACCUUCGUUUCAGACCCCAUACAAUGCUUUAUUUGCGUACCAGCAGCGUGCCGUCCAUGAAUCUGAUCUGGAAUCCUCACACGGUGCAUCCCGGACAUCCCUCGAAGCCCCGAUGGAGCUCACUCUUCAGAGGUCCGAAAAGGACCAACCGAUAUUAACACUUUCAUGUCGGUUGCUGUUGAUGGAUGCUACUCAUUCAGAAGUUGUCAUGAAGCAAAUCGAUGCUUUGGUCACCUCGAUGUGCUCCGCGCCCACCGAGCGGAUUCAAGACCUCACCCAUCUAUUUCCAAAAGAACUUAUCUCUAUCCACUCCCCGGUUGUAAGUGAUGAUGUUAAAGGGGCUCCAUUGCUAUCCCCAGCUCACUGGGUUGAUUCUUGGGCUUCCUCCAACCCAUCUUGGGUUGGGCUUGAGAUCAUCAGUGCGGUCAGCGAAAACGACAGGGAUACAGUAUCCCGAACAUGGACUUAUCGCGAACUUUCCGAAACUUCUAGCCGGCUCUGCACAUGGAUCCUGGACCGCGGAUGGAACAACAGGUCAAUAGCAGUGUGCUUGGAUCGCUCUUUUUUGGCGUACUGUCUAGUACUAGCUAUCUGGAAAAGUGGUAACUGCUAUGUGCCAAUCGCCGAAGAUCUUCCUGAGGCACGUCAACUAUUUCUUCUCUCGGAUAGUGGUGCGACAGCCUUUUUUGUCGACACGAAUGUCUCAAAGCUUCUUCUUUCCACUGGAAAUUGCGAAGUGAUUGAUAUUGCUAGCCUUGAGAUGUGUGGAAACUCCGAAGUUGUCAAAGACAAACAAUCAAUUGAUCCGAAACCGUCAGAUGAUUGCUACCUUCUUUAUACUUCUGGGUCUACUGGAGCUCCGAAGGGUGUUCUCGUUAGUCGAGGAAAUCUAUCCGCUUUUGUAGAGGCACAAUCUGAUUAUAUCUGUCGCGAUGUUCCAGACACGCAAAAGUUGAAGGGUUUUGGGAGUUACCUUGCGCAUGCCAGUCGAGCCUUCGAUGUGCACAUUUGUGAGAUGGUGCUCGGAUGGCGGCAUGGGCUUCGUCUAGUCACAGGCCAGCGAAGCAUGCUUCUGGACAAUUUGUUCCUGGUCCUGAGGCAGUUCAAAAUCACUCAUGCUGGCUUCGUACCCUCGCUUCUCGAACAUGCGGGUGUUAGUGCGGAAUCAUUGCCUGAUCUACGCUAUCUUGGAGUCGGAGGAGAAAAAAUAUCGGAGACAGUCAUUGAGCGAUUUGUCGGCAAACGGUCACUUUCUCUCGUCAACGCAUACGGACCAACUGAAGCCACGAUAGGCUUCACUAGCCAUACCGUGAAGCCCUGGUCAACGGUACGCAAUAUCGGCACCGCUGUGGGAAACAUCGCCGUCCACGUCCUGGAAUCGAACUCGUCAAAAUACGUGAAGCGAGGUCAAGCAGGAGAGCUCUGUGUGACAGGCGAUUUGGUCGCCAGCGGAUAUCAUCGGAGACCCGAUGCGACGGGCUUCACAGAUCAUUAUGGACAGCGAAUGUACCGGACAGGAGACAUCGUACGCCUGAUGGCGAAUGAUUGUAUUGAAUAUCUUGGGCGACGAGACAGUCAGGCUAAGAUACGUGGCCAGCGUCUGGAGCUUGAAGAGGUUUCCAUUGCAAUUCGUCGUUGCGCGGGAUUUCCAGUCAAUGUGACUUCUAUGGUUACUCCUUCUCCAAUUACGAAACGACCUCAGUUGGUAUCCUUUAUCAGCCCAUCCGGUGACCGACUAGAUUCUGCAAGCACCGAAGUCACUUUUAUGAAGAACCAAUACCAGGAAUGGGUUCCAAAUAUUUUGGAAAGCUGCCGGGUUGAGUUGCCUGCCUACAUGGUUCCUAGUGUCCUACUUCCGGUCUCCUCCAUACCUAUUCAAAUAUCGGGUAAAGCAGACAGUCGUCGUCUUGUCGCAUUAUAUGAGAGCAUUCCUAUUUCAGACCUUCUGUUAAGACCUGGGGUGGUGGAUCCGGAGCCUAGCUCAGAACCUGACCUGGAAUCUAACCAAGAAACAAAUCCGGAUCCCCAUUCAGAGCCAGAUGGUGCAGAUAUGACGGCAGAUGAGAUGAAGGUUCGUGAUAUAAUCUGCUCUCAGAUAGAAACAGACCCAAAGUCUGUUACAAGAGCAACGAGUAUCUUCCAAUUGGGGAUUGAUAGCCUGGGUGCCCUCAGUUUAACGGCAAAAUUGUGUCAGGCAGGAUACACCUGCUCAGGAGUCGAUAUCCUCAGCAAGGGUACAAUUCAAAAGCUUGCCUUGUUACCAAAUUCAAGUAGAGCUUUGUGCCGAGAGCAAAUGAAGAGCUUCUCCGAGAAACACGUCGCCGACGUUUCGCACAGAUUGGCUCAGCUUGACCAGAACUUCCGGAAUUCCCAAACAAAAAUACCGAAUUCUUCAAUUUCCGUCAUCCGUCCAUGCCUGCCUCUCCAGGAAAGCAUUGUUUCUAGCUCCGUGGGCAGUCCGACACCCUUAUAUGUCAAUCAUAUCACGUGCCGUCUUGGAAAUUCUAUCAAACUCACAAACCUGAAGUCUGCAUUCGAGGAUUUGAUGCAGCAAAAUGAGAUUCUCCGGACAUGCUUCCAGAUCGUAGACAGGAAGGUAUUGCAAGUUGUUCUAAAGCCUCGCGUGGCGACUAUCCGCUGGGACGAAGUUGUUGUCUCUGAUGAAACCGUCGCCCGGGGUCUUUUCGAUAUGCGUCAAGCCGGAAUUGCCUCCAGUAUUAUCCAAAAAAUCGACAAAGAGCCCCCGUUCCAUAUCCUUGCUGCUUCUCCAAUAUGCGAGCACGACCCGGGAUGGUUCAUGCUGUCUAUUCAUCAUUCUAUCUUUGACGGUGCUAGCAUGGACAUCUUGCUCAAACAACUUCACCAUCAUUAUACUGGCAAUGCAGCAAUGUGUCCGGUAGACCUCGCUCCUCUUUAUCAUUACAUGGUGCCAAAGGCCGAAGCAGAUACUGAACGCUUCUGGUCCUGUUAUCUCGAUGACUAUUCUCCGGGUAUUGUCGACCAUCAAGAAAGUGAUGGUGGAUCUUACUCCAUCAUGACAAAGACUCUACCCUUUGGAUUGUCAUCGCUCUCCAAAAUCGCUUCUCAGGCAUCUUCGACUACUCCAUUUAUCGUUGAAACCGCAUGGGCGGUUGUUCUAGCGGAGUGUCUAGGCCAAAGAGAUGUUAUAUUUGGGCGUGUGAUGAAUGGCAGGAGUAUCCCGGUGGAUUCAGUGGAAGAAAUGCUCGUUCCGCUUGUGACUACUGUCCCAGGCCGAUUUAGACUUCCUUCUCUAAGAUCGAGUCUGCUAGAUCUAGCCAAGAUUCAUACACAGGCCAUGCUUGAGUCUCUUCCUCAUCAGCAUACACCCCUUCGCACGAUCCAGCGAUAUACUCAGGUUCCAGGUCCAUUGUUCAACACCUUGAUAUCAUACAUCGUCACCAGCCCCCAGUCACCUUGGGCAGAUAUGUUGACUGAAAUGGAAAGCGUUAUGCCAGCAAAUUAUCCACUUGCUCUCGAGGUCAAUGCUGAGUCAGGUGCCGACAGAAUCACGUUGCGUUUGCGAAUUUCCAAAGCCCUCUCUUCCAAUCAAAGAUAUGCAUCCCUCGUGGACAGGAUUUCUACUCUUCUCACUGAGCUGGUUUCCAAUGGGGACGCUACAGUUGAUGCUGCAGAGCCAUCAAUGACACAAGAAAAAAAGCAGUCUGCCUGGGAUGAGACUCAGUGGACUGACAUCGAAAGAAAGAUUCAACGGGCCGUGGCUGAGGUAUCAGGUCUUUCGGACUCGCAAAUUUCGAAAAAUGCAUCAUUUUUUGCGUUCGGAAUUGACUCCGUCAUUUCUAUUCAUCUGGCUCGUUGCUUGAAGAAAGAAACCAUUGUCGCCUCUCCGAGUGAUAUCCUGAGGUAUCCAUCCAUUGGAGCUCUGCACAAUUAUCUUGGAAAGCCUCGUGUUGUAUCUCGUCAAACGGAAGCCCUCGAAAGACCUUUGGACCAGGAUCUGGGCGCAGAACUGUUUCAUUCAGAUGACUCAAUUAUUCAAACCUAUCCUUGCACACCUCUACAGACUGCCAUGAUUGGUCAAUGCUUAAGUUCGGCGGGCAAGGGAUAUCUUCAUCACCAUGUGAUAACUCUCAGUGGCUCAAUCCAAUUGGAGAGACUACUUCAUGCAUGGCAAGAAACGGUGAAAAAUGCGGAUAUUCUUCGCACGUCGUUCCAUCGCCAGGGAACAGAUAGCCAGUUUCAUGCUGCAGCUCACGAGUAUCCUCUCGUCCAAUGGUCGCACCAGUCAAACGUCGCAUCGCUAUCCCAGGCCAUCGAGACAAUAUCUCAAGAAGCAACCUACCCUAGUAUUGCAAGUUUCAGCAAACCUCCAUGGAAAGUCACUUUGCUCACUGGGAGUUCCCAGCAAUUGAUGGUUGUCACCAUGCAUCACUGUCUUUACGAUGGAUUUUCGCUUCCCCUCCUCUUCAGCAGCCUCGAGAAGAAUUAUCUCGGACACACAGAGCCUCUAGGCUCGUUCGCACUUGCCGUGCAGAAGAUAUCAUCCAUACAAUCAUCAUCCAUAAAAUUUUGGGCUGAUGUGGUGGCCGAUUACCAAUACGUUGGAAUGCCGAUCUCGCAAUCUUCCACUCAGCACGACUUUCAGUGGACAGAGAUCAAGAUACAGACUGGAGCUCCUGAAUUGCAGCGUCUUUGUGGUGCAUUCAACGUCACCCUACAGACCGUGGCGCUGCUUGCCUUUGGGCGCUCUUUGAUGCCCAUCGUUGGUCAGCGCGACGUUGUGUUCGGACAUGUAGUCUCCGGCCGCAGUUUCGAUAUCGACGAUUCGAUGAAUGUGAUAGGCCCCCUUUUCAACACGGUCCCUUUUCGCCUCAAGCUUGAGUCCGCUUAUAGAAGCACUCGCUCAGUCUUGGAGGAUAUUCAACGUUUCUCGAUCGAUUCUCAGCCCUUUCAGCAUGCCCCAUUAAGUCUUGUGCAAAAGGAUUGGCGAAUGGCAAAGAACGGCAAUGGAUCUUCAUUGUUCGAUGCACUUUUCACAUUCAACAAGUCAGAAAAGUUUGAUUCCGAAUCAAUCUUCCAGCCAUAUGAGUCUUCUCGCCAACCCGAUAUUCCUCACUACAGGCUCAAUGUGGAAUUUGAUCAGUCUCCGGAUGCCCUUGUUGUCCGGGUAGUAACCCGUGAUUUGCUGACCAAAAAGAGCGACCUCGAGACUUGGACCCAAAGCCUUGCCCUAGCAAUGGAAUAUAUUCUUUCUUCUUGCGAUGAGCCGGCUCUGAGUUAUCCCCCGGGAAUUAAUAACUUGCCCAUGGUCAAGGUCCCUCUGCGCAUGGCUGAUGACGCUUCUCCAGAUAACUUUGUUUUCAGGACCUACGUGGAAGGGCUGAAGCUUAUACUCUCUCAAGUUACACAUUCAAAGCCGGAGAAUAUUCAUGAGAGCAACAGCGUAUUUGCGCUAGGCUUGGAUUCAAUCCUGGCACUUGAUGUCAGCUCUCAGUGCCGCAUUGCUGGGCUUGAGAUUUCAGUUUCUGAGAUCCUACAAGGAGAAACUAUUCGAGGUAUUGCAAAACUCGCAUCAAAGAAACAGAGCGUAUUCUCUAAGCCUGCAGGGUCUACUUUGACCGAAAACUGUGCUGUUACCUCACAUGUCAGAAGCAAGGCGUUAUCACUUUUGUCUCUCUUGGAGGACCAGGUCGAGGAUGUUAUUCCUUGCCUCAGCGGUCAGAACUUCUACAUAGCUUCGUGGCUCCGCAGUCAACGACAGCUUUGGGAGUUCACAUUUCCACUCAGGUCACAAUCUAGCCUUGAUCCGCAGCGACUCCAGCUUGCUUGGCAACAGCUUCAACAAAGACAUAGCAUCCUUCGUACAACAUUUGUUGCUAUACUUCCAGAUCAAGUCCUGCAGGUCGUUCAAAAGCCCUGCCAAUUUGUGCCACAAACCCAGAUUCACAUUGAAGAAGCUUCCGGAGAUCUGAAACCAUUCAUCCAUGGCUUGAUGCAAAGUAUUGGACGCAAAUCGUCUAACCUCUUUACGCCCCCUAUCCGCCUACGGCUAGUUCAAUAUGCUGGGUUCGAUGUUCUUCUGUUGACUUUACACCAUGCUUUGUAUGAUGCAAGAACCAUCUCCAUUCUGAUGCAUGAUCUGGAAGCUUUGUACCAGAACAAGACAUUGAGCCCCCCUUCAAACUUCACAUCUUUCGUUCUUGACACACGACAAAAGUGUCAAUCUGGUUUUGCAGAUGAUUACUGGAAGAAAGCACUCCUCAUGGGUCAACGCACACUUCUUGGGGCACAGCCCUCAAGUGACCUAACUCCUUUGUGUGUGCAGUCUUCUCAGGCCAUUUUCCCCCGGAAGCUUACUAUUCUGGAGGGUCAAUGUCGCGAGAAGAACAUUUCCAUGCCUUCUCUCAUGGUAAUGGCCAUCGGACGCAGUUUGGCACGUACCGCAGAAGUUUCUCACCCAAUCCUUGGCCUUUUCCAAAAUGGUCGCUCGAAUGAUUAUCCCGGCAUCGAGCAUAUGGUGGGACCUACUGUUAAUAUGCUUCCGUUGGUGGUCCCGAAUGCCUUGGUAUCCCCUUCUCGAGAGGCUCUGCUAGACAUGCAGCAGAAGUUGGCCCAGCGUACUCUCUAUGACCAAACCGAUCUUCAAUCCCUAUGUCAAAGAAUGAAGGUACUCGGUCAAGAGUUAGAGUUCAACCUUCUUGUCAAUAUUCUUUGGGGUCAAUUGAGCAGCAUGCCUAGUGAAGAAGUGGACACCAUCUUUACUCCGCUGUCUCUAGACUAUGAUAUCAAGGUUGACUCUGACAAUUUGAUUACCGGAGAGACUACCGUUGAUCACUUCGACUGGAAGAACUUCCCUGGGGGCAGUGACAUCUAUCUGGAGAUUAGUUACAAUGAGGAACAUAAUGCUCUUCUUUGGAAACUUGACUACUCCUCGUCUCAAUUUCGAAGCUGGAAGCGGAGGAAUUCUUGCAGAGGUUGGAGGAUGAGAUGA